AUGGAUCGCCAAACCAUCAUGGAGACCAAUCGGUCUCUUCGAAACAUUAAGAAUGAGCUCGAAAGCCUUCUCGAGAAAGGUGUCAUCAACGAAGCCGCCUUCGACACCAUCCACUCUGUCCUCCCUGCCGAAACUCCCCUUCGAGGCGCUGCUCCCGGAAGUGCUGGCCAUUCCGCCAGCCAGACACCCGCCCCGGCCGCGGCUGUUGUGACGCCUCCCGUCCAAGCCUUCCAGAACCUCAACGUCAAGGGCCACUCCCCGGCGCCUCCAUCAUACGACGACACUCCCGCGCCUGGUGUCCCUACCCGCUCUCCAGCUCCAGGCAGGCCCGUCUUGGCCCAUGCCAGGGCCCUGUACCGCUACGAUGCCAGCGACGCUCGCGACCUGAGCCUCGAAAAGGACGACAAGGUCGACGUGUACGAGUACAUGAACCAGGACUGGUGGAUGGGCCGCAACCACCGUACCGGCAUGGAGGGCAUCUUCCCCCAGAACUACGUCUUUGUGGAACAGGAGCAAAAGGCACCGGCUCCCGCCCCUGUGGCAUACCCUCAGCAGCCCGUCUACGGCUACCCGGCUCCCUCAGGACCGCCCGCGCAGCAGAACCCGUACAACGCAAACGUCCCGCCCAUGGCUAUAGCCGAGGGCGGCCAGCCUUCUCAGCAGCAAGGCGGAGAGGGCAGCGGCAAGGUUGGAGAGUAUGGAAAGAAGUUUGGAAAGAAGCUGGGUAACGCUGCCAUCUUUGGUGCAGGUGCUUCGAUUGGUAGCAACAUUGUCAACAGCAUCUUCUAA